AUGGGUUGGCUUACCAAGUUUCUCAAUGGUUCUAAUCAUAGAAUUUGGCGAGGGCAAUACAAUGGCAAGCAUGGUGAUGAUAGAAUUUGGGAUAAUCAACAUGGUUCAGUGGUGCAGGAUGAUUUGACGGAUGUCGAGAAAGAAAAUAUUGAUCGUGCUAUUGCACUUUCUCUAUCAGAGGAGGAUCUGAAAGGGAAGAAAGUUGUUGAUGAUGACUCUCGGUCUGAAGAAGACGAACAACUUUGUGAAAUUGAUGAGGAAGAUGAAAAUGUUGGUAAAGUUCGACUAGAUGAAGAUGAACUGCUAGCUAAAAUUCAGCAGGAUGAAAAUGAACGUCGUGCCAAAGAUCAACUUGAGGAAGAUGAGCUACUUGCUAAGGCAAUUGAAUUAAGUUUGAACGUUGGUUCUCCUCCUCGACAUGGCAAUGAUUCUGUAUCUCAACCUCCUCCUCACCUCUUUCCACCUGGAUUCAGAAUCUGUGCUGGAUGCAAUGCAGAGAUUGGCCACGGGAGAUUUUUAAGUUGCAUGGGAGGUGUCUGGCAUCCACAAUGCUUCUGCUGCCAUUCCUGCCAUCUGCCAAUCACUGAUUAUGAGUUUUCCAUGAAUAGCAACCGGCCUUACCAUAAAUCCUGCUACAAGGAGAAGCAUCAUCCAAGAUGCGAUGUUUGCAAGAAUUUUAUCCCGGCUAAUUCAGCUGGCCUCAUUGAGUAUAGAGCUCACCCUUUCUGGAUACAAAAAUACUGUCCAACACAUGAGCUUGACGGCACUCCUCGUUGUUGUAGCUGCGAAAGAAUGGAGCCAAAGGAUUCACAAUAUAUUUUGCUUGAUGAUGGUCGAAAGCUAUGUCUCGAGUGCCUUGACUCAGCAAUAAUGGAUAGUCAUGAAUGCCAACCUCUCUACCUUGAAAUACUAGAAUUUUAUGAAGGUUUAAAUAUGAAAUUGGAGCAGCAAGUUCCUAUGCUUUUGGUCGAGAGACAGGCACUGAAUGAAGCCAUGGAGGGAGAAAAGAAUGGUCAUCACCAUUUACCUGAAACUAGAGGACUAUGCUUGUCAGAAGAGCAGACUGUCACCACCAUUUUAAGAAGACCAAAGAUUGGGGCAGGACACCGAGUCACAGACAUGAUAACUGAGCCUUAUAGACUGACUCGUCGAUGUGAAGUGACAGCCGUACUUGUUUUGUAUGGUCUUCCUAGGUUAUUGACAGGAUCAAUCCUAGCUCAUGAGAUAAUGCAUGCAUGGCUCAGGCUUAAAGGUUAUCCGAACCUGAGUCCAGAAGUUGAAGAGGGAAUCUGCCAAGUCUUGGCUCACAUGUGGCUAGAGUCUGAGCUCUAUUCUGGAUCUGGGAAUAACAAUGCACCAUCUUCGUCUUCAUCUUCAUCAUCAUCAAUGCCACCGUCCUCUGCUGCAUCAUCAAAGAAGGGUAAACGGUCUGAUUUUGAGAAGAAAUUUGGCGAGUUUUUCAAACACCAGAUUGAGUCAGAUACCUCAUCAGCCUAUGGAGAUGGAUUCAGAUUGGGUAACAAGGCAGUACUUAAGUAUGGUCUCAAAAGUACACUUGAUCAUAUCCAUUUGACCGGAACUUUUCCGUGUUGA